CCAAACAUUCGCUCUCUGGCUUCUCAGCAUUUUUCAUUGGCUCCCUUGACAUGCACUGCAACUUCACCUCAACGUUACUGGUCCGGACGCUUCCCGCGCUCCUGUCCGUGGAGUUCAUCCUGGGGGUCUUAAGCAACGGUUUUGCCCUCUGGAUCUUCUGCUUCCACCUGCGCCCGUGGAAGAGCAGCACAGUGCUGCUCUUCAACCUGGCUAUCGCAGAUUUCCUGCUCAACAUGAUUCUGCCCUUCCGAGCCAGCUACUACAGCUCGGGCAUCAAGUGGCACUUCGGCCAGACGAUGUGCAAUGUGUCGCAGUUCAUGCUGGCGCUCAACCGCACCGGGAGCACACUCUUCCUCAUGGCCAUCGCCGUGGACCGCUACAUCCGAGUGGUGCACCCUCACAGCCGCGUCAACUCCCUGACCCCCUCCAAGGCCAUGUGCGGCGCGGCCGCCCUGUGGUUGCUCACCGUGUGCAUGACAGCUAACGCCCUCACCCUGCAGAACUAUCGCUCAGACUAUUGCGAGAGCUUCCUGGUGGAGACCAAGGCCAAGGGCAACCGGCUGUGGCACAAGUUCAACUUCCUGUUCUCCUGCUGGAUGCCGCUGUUGGUGAUUCUCUUCUGCACGGUGCGCAUCGUAGCCCAACUGCGGGGACGGCAGAUAAGCCAGCACGGCAAGAUAAGGAAAGCGUUAUGGUUCAUCACUGUGGUGGUGAUACUCUUCGCCAUCUGCUUCCUGCCUAGUAACAUCACGCAGCUUCUCAUCUGGAUCAAAACCCAGGAAGCCAUUAAGACCCUACCAGAGUCAGAGGUGUGCGACGCCAUGGACGACCUCACGGUGGUCUUCUACAUGACCGUCAGCCUCACUUAUCUCAACAGUGCCCUGGACCCGGUGGUCUACUACUUCUCCAGCCCCACCUUCAAGAACAUCUGCAAGAGGUCCCUGAACCUGCCCCUGGGGGAGCCCACCGAAAGCACAGAGAAGAGGACCAGGGAGACUGCGUCGCAGUCGUGCAGCCAGAUUUAGCAGUGCAUUUUCUCAAAAGUAUUGCGUUUUUU